ACGCACGCGCGCUGAGGCUUCACUGCCACCUGCCGGCACGGCAACGUCGUGAAAACCAGCUCCCGCCUUACGGCAGCUGGCUGCCAGCGGCUUCGCGCCAACAUGAGGUGGUGGUGUUCUUGGUCUUAGCCGUCGAGUGCUUGGGGCAGGGGUGUGAAAGGAGGUAGCAGCAGCGUUCAGACUAUUGUUAGGGUGGAAGACCAGUAGUUUCUUUCCAGUUCGGAAUGCAUGUGACCUGGAGGAAACUUGCAGGGGAUGGUGUUCCCGUGUACCUGCUGCCCUUGUCUUUUCAGGUUGCACCGUUCAUGCUGCUGUGGAAGGAACCUUGGAGCAGCAUGGACCCAGUAAUACUGAGCUACCAUGACAGCUUAAUCAGACGCUCAGAUCUCUUACUCCUCAACCCACCCAACUGGCUCAAUGAUCACAUCAUCGCAUUUGCCUUUGAAUACUUUGCUGCUGAACAGUAUAAGGAGCUGUCAGGCAGAGUCUGCUUCAUUAGCCCUGAAGUUACUCAGUUUAUUAAAUGCAUGGCCAGCCAGGAGGAGCUGGCAAUCUUCCUGGAGCCACUAGAACUAGCGCAGAAAAGCUUGGUCUUCCUUGCAGUCAAUGACAAUUCUGUGCAGGCGGCUGGUGGGUCUCACUGGAGCUUGCUGUUUUACAACAGAGAUAGGAACUGCUUCAGCCACUAUGAUUCCUGCAGCAAUAUGAAUGAAAGUCAUGCUCGUCAGAUAGCAAGGAAGCUGCAACACUUCCUGGGAACCAAGUCUGAAGUGCCUUUCGGUGAGGAUUCAGCACCAGUUCAAAAGAACAGCUAUGAUUGUGGGAUGUAUGUGAUUUGCACUGCAGAGGCUCUUUGUGAGCAAUACCUCAGGAAGGACCACAGGCCACCAGUGGUGGUUAUCACCCCAGCCUAUAUCACCCAGAAGAGAGCUAGCUGGAAAAAACUGAUUGAGCAGCUGUCAAAGAAAUGAUCACUUCUUUGUUUCUUUCUUGAGUGAAUCUGUAUGUUGAUUUCUAAAUGGGUUUAGCCGACUGGUUUGAGAUGGACAUUUAAAUUUUGUUUAAAGAAGCAAUCAUCUUUCUCCCGAUUAGGCUACUUUUCCAGGUUGGAGGAUAAAAGUUGGGUAGGUUUUGCAUGUGUGAGACAUCAUUUGUAAGGAUACUUAGAAAUAUUGUUUCCCUCACUUUGUGACUUCUUCAUUGAGACAGCUGGAGCAGCAAUCAUGAAAAAGACUUUCGAUGAUGUAUUCAAACUUUCUAGAGCAUGCUGGAAAUAUGAUGCCUUACACAAAACAAUUCUAUCCAUGUUUUCUGUUUGGUGGGUUGAGGGAGGGGUGGAGUGGAUUUUACAGCAUUAUAUUUGCCAUAGUGCAUUUUAAAUAAGCCUAUUGUUUGACAAUACGCUAUGGUGCUCUGCAUCUCUUAAACUCACCUGCGACUGAAUUAUAUUCAAGUGAAAUUAAUCUGACUUUUUCUGUUUUUAAUGUUUCUUCACGUUUUGCUUGAAUCUGAAAACUUUGUGACUGAGCACAACAAUGGAAAUUGAGUUACCACAAUUGGGUAUGCAUUGGAGUUUAAAAGAAUGAGAGCUGUUAUUGAAACAUUUAGAUCCUGUGGAAAUGUGACAGGGUUGGUGCUCAAAGAAUUUUUUAACUCGUGGGAAAGACUAGAAUUAGGGAACAUUGUUUAAAAAUAAAGGGUCUCCCAUUAAAGAAAAAGGUGUAUUUUUUUCUCUCAAACCAUCUUGAAUCUAUUGAACAUUUCCACAGAGAGCAGUUGGCAGAGAAGAAUAGAAACUGAAAGAAUUACAGAUGCUGUAAAUCCGAAACAAAAACAGAAAUUUCUGGAUAAGCUCGACAGGUCUGACAGCAUCUUCGAAGAGAACUCAGAGUUAAUGUUUCAGGUCGAGCAACCCUUGCUCAGAACUUCGAUCUUGACCAACAAGGCAUUUAAAGGGUAUCGGGAGGGAUAAACAGGAAAGAGGAGUUGGAGCCAGUCAGAUUAAUCAUAAUCUUAUCAAAUGGCAAAGCAGGCUCAGGGGCCCAAUUAUCUACUCCAUCACCAAAUUCAUAUGUCCAAACUUUCUCCCCAAGUUCAGCCCAUCAUCCCAGCAAUCGGUCAAGUGAACUUUCACUGCACUGCUUCAAAUGCAGUUACAUCCUUUCUGAAAUAAAGAGACUAAACUGAAUGCAGUGCUGCAAAUAUGAUCUUACCAAAGCCUGUACUACUGUGGCAAAAGAUCCUUAUUUUUAUGUUCCAGUCAUGUUGCAAUAAACACUAAUAUUCCAUUUUCUCUCCUAAUCAUCCUGCAAACUAACUUAAUGUGAUUCAUGUACCAGAACACCAGAUCCUUUUGUAUCACUGAGUUCAGCAAUCUUUCUUCAUGUAAGUAGGACAGUGCUUUUCUCUUCUACCAUGCAUUUUCCCACAUUAUACUCCACUUGCCAAAUUUUUUCCCUCUCACUCAACUUGUCUACAUCCCUUUGUAGACUUCUGUCCUUCUCUCCACUUAAUUUCCCUAUCUGUAUGACAUCAGCAAUUUUAGCUAUUUGUCAUAAUGUUUAUUAAUAAUAUUUUAUAUUAUCUUACUAUUUAAUCAUCUGCUUUAGCUCAUUCCUUUCCAGUUCCUAAAACCUAUGCAACUUUUAAUCUUCCAGUUUUCUACGCCUUUUUCAAUCCACAGGCUUUAAGAAACCCUGAACCUGACGCCAACUGGUUGGUUACUUCAUUACUAAAUUCAUUCACUAUUUUUCAAAGUAUUAGUAGAGUUCUGCCCCCGGGCCUUGCCCAUCUCCUUUCCUGUCACAUAGAAUUUCUAAGUAACAGUAGUUGUCUAGAUUUUUUUGCUCAUUUUGAGACAUUUCAAUAUUAUAACUCAUUAAGCAGUAUUUGUAACAUUUCAUGCAUUUUCUGACGAUUUUCCAAUUUCCUUCUCGAAUCUCUUUAAAUUGCAUUAUCAGUUAACAUAAGAUGACCCUAACACCAACUCAUGGCUGCUGCGGCAGAAUUAAGUUUGGGUUCCUGGCAAGGUCUGUGUCCAGUGCAUAUUAUGGCGGCAGCAGAGGCGAGUUUUGGCCCAGAAUGAGACCAGGCAAGAUCAGCCCAAAGCGGACUCCUGGCGACAGUGGAGUUGAGUUUCGGCCGGUGCAUUUGCAAAGUCCAGCAAGGACUGAGUGGCAGGGGCAUCAGUGGAGGUGAGAUAGCGCCGAAGAGAGGUGACUUUACUUCUAGUGGCAGCAGCGUGGCGAAAGGGGCUCGUGCCUGUCUACCAGGCCCAUGGCGGAGCACUUAACAAGAAUGACUGUAAAGUUGAACACUUUUUUUUCUGCCUUUAUGUUCUAUGUUUUGGGGUUUUUUUUGGUUUUAAGAUGGCACUGGAAAGUGGUGACACUUCCCAAUGCUUUAUAACCAUGUUUUGUAACAAAAUACAUCUGACAAUAAAUAAAUCAUAUCAAAUCAAA